CUCUCUCAAAUUCAUUUCAUUGCUAUCCUUAACAAAACAUCACUACUUCAACUAAUACUAUUACACUUUUUUCUUGCUCUUUCUCUCUUUCUUUCUUUCUUUCUUUCUUAAAGUUUCCCUGUCUUUUUUCUUUUUUUAACGGCAGACAGAAAGAGCAAGAUCUUUUAUAAAUAACAAUAAUAAUAAUGCCUGCACCGUUUGGUGGCGGUGAAACUGUCAAUGGAGACUCAUCGGACGGUGUAGAUCGUUCCAAAGAUAUCCCUCGAGAUUUUCGUGGCUUCCCAUCUUUAAUGUCUUCUUGCUCUCCCAUUACUCUCAAGUUCAUAGACGUGACUUACCGUGUGAAAAUCGACAACAAACAAACCAGCAGUAUCGGUCGACGAAUGUUCGGCAACGAACCACGACCGUCCGAUCAUGAAAGAUCAACAACGUCGGCAACGAACGAACGAACGAUCCUGCAUGGAGUCACAGGAAUGGCAUUCUCGGGAGAAAUCAUGGCCAUACUUGGUCCUUCCGGGAGCGGAAAAUCAACGCUUCUAAAUGCAAUUGCAGGGAGGCUCCAAGGACACGGCUGCAGCGGAACAGUUCUGGCCAACGGUAGAAAAUUCAGUAAACCCGUACUAAAAAGAACCGGUUUCGUAUCACAAGACGAUGUUCUGUAUCCACACCUAACGGUCCGGGAAACAUUAAUCUUCUGUUCCCUCUUUCGUCUACCGAGAACACUUUCGCGAAAGGACAAAGUCUCGGUAGCCGAGUCGGUUAUAUCUGAGUUAGGCUUAGAGAAAUGUCAGAACACGAUCAUAGGGAACAGCUUUGUUCGUGGAGUUUCGGGUGGUGAGAGGAAGAGGGUGAGCAUAGCACACGAGCUACUCAUAAACCCGAGCUUGUUGGUACUAGACGAGCCGACUUCGGGUCUGGACUCGACCGCGGCGCACAGGCUGUUGAGCACGUUGGGUGCACUGGCUCAGAAGGGGAAGACUGUGGUGACGUCGAUACACCAGCCCUCGAGCCGGGUUUACCAGAUGUUUGACUCGGUGUUGGUGUUGUCUGAAGGAAGGUGCUUGUACUAUGGGAAAGGGAAUGAGGCCAUGAACUACUUCGACUCCCUAGGCUUUUCGCCGUCCUUCCCCAUGAACCCUGCGGAUUUCCUGCUUGAUCUCGCUAACGGUGCUUUCCAACUCCAAGGUUCUAAUAACGAAAGAGAUAAAUCGGCGAGUGUGAAGCAACACCUAGUGUCUUCUUACAACGCUUUGUUAGCUCCAAAGGUCAAAUCUGCUUGCCUGGAAACCCCAAAUAAUAAUGCUUCGACCAAAGAAUUACCAGGCUUCAGCAGUGAGAUAAUUCUUAGCCAUAAUAAUCAUUCCACCAAUAAAGACUCAUUAUCCAGAUCAAGAAGAUCAUCAAUAUCAUGCUGUGAUAUAAUUAUAGGGUUUCCCACAUGGCUAAGCCAUUUCAGCAUUUUGCUGCAGAGAAGCCUCAAAGAGAGAAAGCACGAAUCUUUCAACGCUCUAAGAGUUUUCCAAGUAAUCACAGCUGCAUUGUUAGCCGGCCUAAUGUGGUGGCACUCGGAUUAUCUCAACGUCCAAGACCGACUCGGCCUUCUCUUCUUCAUAACCAUAUUUUGGGGUGUUCUGCCCUCUUUCAAUUCAGUCUUUGCAUUCCCUCAAGAACGUGCCAUCUUGAUGAAGGAACAGGCCUCCGGUAUGUACACUCUUUCGUCUUAUUUCAUGGCCCGAAUCGUGGGAGACUUGCCCAUGGAGCUCAUCCUCCCCACUAUCUUCCUUGCCAUCGCUUAUUGGAUGGCUGGAUUGAAGCCUGAGUUCAGUGCUUUUGUUAUGACACUCUUGGUUCUCCUAGCCUAUGUUCUAGUCUCUCAAGGCCUUGGCCUUGCUCUAGGGGCCGCUAUUAUGGAUGCUAAACAGGCCUCCACCUUAGUAACCGUCACUAUGCUGGCUUUCGUUUUGACUGGAGGAUUUUAUGUCCACAAAGUGCCUUAUUGUUUGGCUUGGAUAAAAUACAUUUCCACAACUUUUUACACUUACAGGCUUCUCAUCAAUGUCCAGUACGGCCAAGGGGAGGCGAUUUCGGCUUUGUUGGGAUGCUCUAGACAUGGAAGAAGAGACAGUGGUGAUAUCCAUAAUGCAAGCUGUAGAUUCAUUGAAGAGGAUAUUGAAGGGCAGAUUAGUCCUUUGAUUAGUAUAUCUGUUAUGUUGUUUAUGUUUGUGGGCUAUAGGUUAUUGGCUUAUCUUGCUUUGAGGCGAAUCAAUAAAGCCUUAUAGCUAGCUAGGUAGGUACUACCACAAUAUAUAGUUAAGUACGUACAUUAAUUAUUGCUAUUAUUAAUACUACAGAUGAUUAUAUAGGUUUUUAUUAUUCUACGUGGGCAAGUACUCACAACAAUUAAUUGUAUUAUUAUUAUCAUUAAUAAUAAUAAAUUAUGAUUAAAAUAAAUAGGAUUUAUCCUUGAUGAAUUAUUACGUCCAUUUUGAGGGCAUAGGUCAUCCCGAAAGUUUUCUCUUAGGACCCGUUUAGUACGCAGGAUUGGAUUGGAUUAGACAGGCUAAUUUAUCCAAUCUAGUGUUUGGUCAUGGCAGAAGUCUCGAUAACUAAUCCAGCUAAUCUCAUAUGUCUGGAAUUAUUUAUCCCAUCCAGCAGGGUGGGAUAAAUAAUCCCACGCAGAUGAGAUUUUUUUUUA